AUGGCGCAGCGCCGCCUCACCGACUUUUACUCUCGCCGCCGCAGCGGCCCUCCGGCCGUCCUGCCGCGGGCCAAGCAGGCCCUGCGCACUCCCAGCCCCGCGAAGUCGGCGCCCCGCGCCACAGCCCUUACCCCUAGUGGCCCGCUCAGCGGCAGCCGCAAGCGCGCCCGCUGCGCCGCAGCCCUUGUGCACGAUGAGCCCUCGCCGCCCGCGCGCAGGAGGCUGCAGCUGCCACCGCCACCCUCCCCGGAGCCAGCCGAUGCGGCCCUCAGCCCCAGCUCCCCGGUGGCCCCUGGCUCCGCAGCCCCAGCUCCUCGCAAGAAGAUAAAAAAGGUCACUCUCCCAGCAGGCCAGCAUCCCCGCCUGGCGACCCAGGGGGACAAGGACACCGUGUCUGAGCUCCAGGCAUGCCUGCAGCGGGCGCAGGAGCUGGGCGCACGAGUCCAGGCACUGAGAGCCCGGUUGGAAGAUGCCAGCGAGAGCAGCACGCCAAAGUCCGAGGGGCGCCCAGCGGAACCAUGCAGGGAGAAGGCACCCGCCUACCAGCGCUUCCAUGCCCUGGCCCAGCCUGGCACCCCCGGUCUGGUCCUACCCUACAAGUUCCAGGUGCUGGCCGAGAUGUUCCGAAGCAUGGACACCAUAGUGAGCAUGCUGCACAACCGUGCCGAGACUGUGACUUUCGCCAAGGUCCAGCAGGGCGUGCAGGACAUGAUGCGUAGGCGCUUUGAGGAGCGUAACGUGGGCCAGAUCAAAACGGUGUAUCCUGCUUCCUACCGCUUCCGCCAGGAGCGCAACGUCCCCACCUUCAAGGACGGCAUCAAGCGGUCGGACUACCAGCUCACCAUCGAGCCGCUACUGGACCCGGAGGCCGGUGGGGUGGCUCCCCAGCUCACAGCAUCAUGGCUCCUGCAGCGGAGGCAGGUCUUCAGCCGUAACCUGGUAGCACGGGUCAAGGAGCAUCAUGUGGCCUUCCUGGCGGCCCUGGACCCCCCAGUGGAGGUGCCCGAGGACCAGCUAACCCGCUGGCACCCACGCUUCAAUGUGGACGAGGUGCCUGACAUCGAGCCAGCUGAGAUGCCCCAGCCACCACCCACGGAGAAGCUGGCCACUGCCCAGGAGGUGCUGGCCCAAGCUCGAAGCCUAAUGUCGCCCAGGAUGGAAAAGGCCUUGAACAACCUGGCCUCGCGCACAGCCGAGCCCAGCACCCCUGGAUCCCCCAGCCCUGCCCCACUGGUCACACCACCCACCACCCCCAGUGCCCUUAAGGGGGUGUCACAGGCCCUGCUGGAACGGGUCCGGGCCAAGGAGGCGCAGAAGCAGCUGGCACUGAUGACGCGGCGCCCAGAACAGGAGCUGCGGCUGCAGCGGCUUGAGCGGCUGCCCGAGCUGGCCCGCGUGCUGCGCAGCGUCUUCGUGUCUGAGCGGAAGCCGGCACUCACCAUGGAGACAGCCUGUGCCAGAAUGGUGGGCAGCUACCGCACCCCCAUGAGCCCUGGGGACAUGGAGCAGCACCUUCAGCUGCUCGCCGAGCUGCUCCCGGACUGGCUCAGCCUGCACCGGGUCCGCGCCGACACCUACCUCAAGCUAGACAAGGCCGCCGACCUUGCGGGCCUCACUGUACGGCUGACCCGCCUGGCCCGUGCCGAGGAGGGGCUGUGA